AUGGUGUAUUUAAAGGUCAAAUAUUUCCCACCCAAGCAAUUCCAGUUUUUCUCUUUUGUUCAAUACGCAACAAUCAUGUCUUCAUUCGUGUUCAAAUACAUUGCUAAUCGAAUUUUUAGAGAUAAUCAAUGGAAUAGAUUUGGAGUUGAAGAUCCAUAUUAUGAAUAUGUUCCAAUUGGUACCAAAUCCAAUGGUGAACAAAUAGUAAAAAAGAUAACCAGAAGAAUACCUGAUGGUAUUAGUGCCAAUGAUUUAGACGUUUUACAACUGUUCAAGAAACGGGCUUAUAGAUAUGAUUAUUGGUUCAAAAUAUUAGGUGUUAAUUUUGGUUGGACCAAUAUUGUUAGUGUUAUCCCUGUUGUUGGUACUAUAGUGGCUACAUUUUGGUCAUUACAAUUAUUAUGGUUAACUAGAAAAUUAGAGAAUGGAUUCCCAUUAGAUUUGCAAAUCUUAUUCUUGGUUAACAUUGCCAUUGAUUUUGGAUUAGGUUUGAUUCCUUUUGUUGGUAGUAUUGUUGAGAUUGGUUACAAGGCAAAUUCAAGAAAUUAUUUAUUAUUAGAAAAACAUUUAACUAGAGUUGGGGAACUGAAUUUAGGACUUAUUUCAAAGGACGAAGUCAGACCAGGGUUUAUUAAUGAUAGAGUACAACCUUUUGUUGAAGAUACUUUAAAACCAAAUGCUAUUAAAGCUGGAGGUCAAGUGAUGGAAUUAUUAAAUAGAAAAGCUAAAGAUGCAGUUGAUACCGCAUCAAACUUGUCUUCUUCAAUUGCCGCUAAAACUUCUUCUGCUGAUACUGAAGAUACAAAGGUAUCAACCACUUCUUAUGAAGCAUCCAAGGGUGAUGGCAUGAACUAG